AUGAAGUCAAAUUUUGUCUUAUUCGGCUUGCUGGCAAUCGCUGCAGUCACAUUCGCAGAAGAGGCUACCCCGAAAAAAAACGAACUCUCCGAGACUGGAACAGCGAUUCUUGAGAAAUUGCGGGAGCUUCGCAAGAACCAGGAAUCACUUAUUGCUAAAAUCGAAGACGACAACGACAGGGAACUGAUCAUCAACCUUUUCAAGACCGAACUCGCCGCUGAUGCCGACGAGACCGAGAAGGACACAGCCCGAGUGAAACGAGGUGCUCCUCGAUGGCUCGCUAACAGACGCGCUAACCGACGGCGUUUUGCUCGACGCCUUCGCCGAAAUCAGCGACGUGCCGCACAAAAACGCCGAGCUCACGCUCGCCGUCACCAGAGAAACCUUCGUCGGGCCGCCAGAAAGAUCCGUCGCAUCCAGCGCCGUGGAUAA